AUGCCGAAAAAAGAAGAUCCUGUCUUUAAUACACUAUUAGUUGAAGCAGUAGAAAAAUAUCCAUGUUUGUACAACUAUAAUAUAAACGAAUAUAGCAAACGUGAGUCAACCCAACUAGCUUGGGAAAGUAUUGCUAAAGAAGUAAACGAUACAGUUAUAAACUGUAAAGAGACGUGGAGGAAUUUACGGAUUGUAUUUACAAGAAAUAUUACCAAAAAAAGUGGAUCAGCUGCAAAAAAAAAAUAUUACCUUACAGACAAGAUGCAGUUCAUAAGACCUUAUCUGAACUUGAAAAAAGGAAAUUCACUACCGGGAAAUUUACCUUCUCCUACACAUGACAAUGACAACGAUCAAGGCGCAUCAUCUUAUCAAGACAACUACAAUAAUACAGAUGUAUGCAAUGACAUAACAAUAACCGAAGAAAUUCCUUCAACAAGUACAAUUAGUACAAAUAAUAUUGUAGAAAAUAAAGUCGUUGGCAUUGAACCGCCCUUGAAAAAGAAGAAAAAUUCAAAUAAUAUCACUAGUGUCGAUGAAUGUGUAAUGGAUUAUAUUAAGGCUAAACAACGUACUUCAGAGGAAAAUCCAAAAAAAUUAUUUUUGUUGAGUUUACUUCCAGAUUUGAAUGAAAUGAAUAAUAUUCAAUUUAGAAAAUUUCGUACUCAGGUGAAUUUUUUGAUUGAUGAUAUCUUAAAAACUACACAGGAUACUAGUCAUGGUAACAACACAAGCUUGUGCUCUACACCACUUAGUUCAUGGGUUAGCGAAUCCUCAUCAGGACUUGAUUAUGUACCAUGGAAUCAAACUUCAUCAUCAGAAACAACAUUGACAAACAAUUUGACUAACGUGAACAAUUCGAAUACGACGAAUCAAGGAUACUACAUGCCUGAUGCCUGA